UGGAGAACACCAGCCGCUUCCGGCGGCGGGCGGGCUUAGCGGAGCGCGGCGGGGCUGCUGCUCACAGGGAGGCACCGGUAGGCCAUGGCGCGCAAGAAGGUGCGGCCGCGGCUGAUCGCCGAGCUGGCCCGCCGGGUGCGGGCCAUCCGCGAGCGACGGGAGCGGCCACGCGACUCCCAGCUCUACGCCCUGGACUACGAGACGCUGACCCGGCCGUUCUCGGGCCGCCGGCUGCCCAUGCGGGCCUGGGCGGACGUGCGCCGCGAAAGCCGCCUCCUGCAGCUGCUCGGCCGCCUCCCGUUCUUCGGCCUGGGCCGCCUCGUCACGCGCAAGUCCUGGCUGUGGCAGCACGACGAGCCGUGCUACUGGCGCCUCACGCGUGUCCGGCCGGACUACACAGCGCAGAACUUGGACCACGGGAAGGCCUGGGGCAUCCUGACCUUCAAAGGAAAGACGGAGAGCGAGGCCCGGGAGAUCGAGCACACCAUGUACCACGACUGGCGGCUGGUGCCCAAGCACGAGGAAGCGGCCUUCACCGCCUUCACGCCGAAGCCAGAGGAGGCACUGAGCUCCGUGCCCUACCCACCACUGCUUCGUGCCAUGAUCCUGGCAGAGCGACAGAAAAAUGGGGACGCCAGCACCGAGGAGCCCAUGCUGAGCCUGGAGAGAGUCCCUGUCCAACCCUGGGACUACCCUGAGAAGCAAGAGGCCAAGAAAAGGGCCCAAGGCACUCCUGUCUGAAGUGCCAGCACCAGCAGUUUGUCUAACGGGUGUGAGGCAGCGGGCACCAUUUUGGUGAAUUAAAGUGUCUGUGUUACUCCUGAAUCGGCUCCCUGGGACCUCGGUGACCUUUCUGAGACUGCGCGGAGCAGAGUGGUACCAGACCCUGCACCCGUGUGCUCCUCUGUCCCUGUUCUCCAAACCCAAAUCUGACGGAGGGCUUGUGGUUUCUUGGAGUGUUGGGAG